AUUGCGGCCGGAGAGGAGGUUGCAAUUAAGUUGGAAUGUGUGAAAACCAAACAUCCUCAGCUCCACAUCGAGAGUAAAAUCUACAAAAUGAUGCAGGGUGGAGUGGGUAUUCCUACAAUUAAGUGGUGUGGAGCUGAAGGGGACUACAAUGUAAUGGUGAUGGAGCUGCUAGGACCGAGUCUUGAAGAUCUCUUCAAUUUUUGUUCAAGGAAAUUUAGUCUCAAGACAGUCCUAUUACUUGCUGACCAAAUGAUUAGUCGAAUUGAAUAUAUUCACUCUAAGAACUUCAUCCACCGAGACGUGAAGCCAGAUAACUUCUUAAUGGGCCUGGGGAAGAAAGGCAAUCUUGUCUACAUAAUAGACUUUGGAUUAGCAAAGAAGUAUCGAGAUGCUCGAACACACCAACAUAUUCCAUAUCGUGAAAAUAAAAACUUAACAGGAACUGCUCGUUACGCAUCCAUCAACACUCAUCUUGGAAUUGAGCAAUCUCGCAGAGAUGACUUGGAGUCCUUGGGCUAUGUACUGAUGUAUUUUAACCUGGGCUCCCUCCCCUGGCAGGGACUGAAAGCAGCAACAAAGAGGCAGAAAUACGAACGUAUCAGUGAAAAGAAAAUGUCUACACCCAUUGAGGUUUUGUGUAAAGGAUAUCCUUCUGAAUUUGCCACAUACUUGAAUUUCUGCCGUUCUCUGCGUUUUGAUGACAAACCGGACUAUUCCUAUUUAAGGCAAUUAUUCAGAAACCUCUUCCACCGGCAAGGGUUCUCGUAUGACUAUGUGUUUGACUGGAACAUGCUGAAAUUUGGUGCAAGCAGAGCAGCUGAAGAUGCUGAACGUGAAAGGCGAGAACGAGAGGAAAGAUUGAGACAUACACGAAAUCCGGCUGUGCGUGGAUUACCCUCCACUGCUUCUGGCAGGCUGAGAGGAACGCAAGAUGUAGCUCCUCCUACUCCUCUUACCCCAACUUCACAUGCUGCCAACACCUCUCCUCGGCCAGUAUCUGGUAUGGAACGAGAAAGGAAAGUGAGUAUGAGAUUGCAUCGCGGUGCCCCAGUCAAUAUCUCGUCAUCUGACUUAACGGGCCGACAAGAUACCUCUCGCAUGUCAACUUCGCAGAUUCCUGCUCGGGUAACUACCAGUGUUCUCCAGUCUGCUGUGCACCGAUGAAAAUUAUUUUGCCAUGGAGGGCAGAUAAUGCAUGGCUGAUCUCCUAUGUUACCAAUGGCUUUACUAGCAAAAAUAUCCUAAACUAGAGCGGAAACAUUACAAUUGGAGUUCUCCAUGUGACUUAAAAGGCACUUGGAGGAACAUGAACAGACUCCAGCAGCUGCUGUUACAGGACGCUUUUGCCAGAAACCCAAUGACCUUAAGAGAACCCUGUGGUAACAGGGCUGGAAAAGAAAGAUGGUUUACAGAGUUGACCGCCUGUUAUCAGAUGGCCAUUUCAGUUUUCCCUCCACAGGCGGCAGACUUUACCCCCUUUUUAUUAUUCUACUGUAACUGUAAAUCUUUUACUUGGUUUAAGAAAGUUUUUUGUAUCAUUUUGCUAAAAUUAUUGGCUUAAUUCUCUGUAAAGAACUCUUGCUUUUGUCUGAUUUAAAAAUGUAGAAUAUAAACAAACCUAAACUGAAGACAAUGACUUGAAAUUUCUUGUUUAAAGAAAUUAGUCUGGCAGGGAACAUGUAAAUGAAUCAAAACCAUCUGACUUUAUUUAAACUGUUUACUUAUUUGUAUGGUCACAUUCUGACUAAGACGGUUUUCUCAUGAAAUUUUUAAAACUGUUAGAAUUUUACUUUGCUGUUUGCUGUCUUCAUUCACACUUAACUUCCCGUGUAACACAAAGGAAUUUUUAAUACUUGUUCUUUUUCACAAAAGAGAAGAACUAAAUACCCUGCAGGAGAGUCUUAAGUAUAGUAGAGAUGGUAAUAAUGGAUUUCUCUUUUUGUAAAAAAUAUGAAAGACAAAGUGAAAGACUCUGACAUUUGAGAGAUUUAGAAUUUGCAAGCUUGUCUU